AUGAAGAGACCUCUAAAUAUUGCAGCUUGUUCUGGAGUAACUGGUGACAAUCCGAAUGCAAUUUAUGAUCAAGCAGUUGGUGAUCAUCCAAUCGAUGUCAUUAUUGGUGAUUAUUUGGCUGAGGUUAAUAUUGCAUGGCAUGCAUUGGCUAGAAAAACAGAUCCAUCCAAAGGAUACGAUGAGGGUUUCGUUGAGAAUUUGAAACCAGCAUUGCCAGUUUUAAAGGAGAAAGGUAUCAAGGUUGUUGUGAAUGCUGGGGCCUUGAAUCCUUCAGGUUUAGUCCAAGAAUUGAGAAAGGUCUUGAAUGAGCAAAAGAUUGAAAUGAAUAUUGCUUGGAUUGAAGGUGAUGACAUUGUAAGAAAGAUUCCUGAAUUAAUUGAAACUGGAAAUGAGUUUAUUCACUUGGAUAAUCCAAAUGUCAAGUUAUCCGAAUGGAGAUGCACUCCAAUUUCUGCAAAUGCUUAUUUGGGUGCUUGGGGAAUUGCCAAAGCAUUGAAUGAAGGAGCAGACAUUGUCAUUUGUCCAAGAGUUACUGAUGCUUCACUUGUGGUUGGAUGUGGUAUUUGGUGGCAUGAUUGGAAAAAAGAUCAAUUUGACAUUUUGGCAGGUGCUGUCAUGACAGGACAUUUAAUUGAAUGCAGUGCUUAUAUUACAGGAGGAAAUUAUGCAGGUUUUAGAAAUGUCAAGAAUAAUGUCGAUUUACCAUUUCCAAUUGUUGAACUAGCUCAUGAUGGCAGUUGUGUCAUUACAAAACAUUCAAACACAAAUGGUGAAAUCUCACUUGGAACUGUCACUACCCAAUUCCUAUAUGAAAUUCAAGGACCUAUCUAUUUAAACCCUGAUGUAACCUGUCAUCUCAGUACUGCUCAAAUUACAGAAAUUGCUCCUGACAGAGUUGCAUUGACAGGUAUUAAGGGAAGUGCUCCAUCCAAGCAAACUAAAGUUGCCAUCUGUGGAAUUGGUGGCUAUCAAGUUGAAUUCUCUGUUUACAUGACAAGUCCAAACGUCCAAGAAAAGGAAGAUCAUUUCAGAAAGCAAAUGAUGAGGAUGGUCAACCCAGAAAAAUUCCUAGUUCUUGAUGUGACCAGAUAUGGAGGACAAGUUCAAGAUCCAAAAUCUCAAGCAGAGGCAACUUGUCAAAUUCGUGUUUUUGCUCAAGCUAUUGAUGCCGAAACAGUUUCGUUUAAGAAUUUCACUGGACGAAUCUUGUCAACUGGAAUGCAAGGAUUUGGAGGUUUCCACUUGAAUAUGGAUUUCAGAACUGCUCAACCAAAACCUUUCAUUGAAUAUUAUCCAGCACUUCUUGAUGUAUCCUCUCUAGAACACACAGUUUUUGUAAACGACAAGGAAUUCAUUGUAAACGAUUUGGAAAUUCCAAGACAAGAAAUUUCCUGCUCAGUCAACCAACUUCCAACUCUCGAAUUUGACCCUUCUAAAUAUCCAGAAACAAUCAGGGCUCCACUAGGAAGAGUAGCCCUUGCUCGUUCUGGAGAUAAAGGAGGAAACAUGAAUGUUGGAAUCUAUGUCCUUCAUGACCAAGCAUGGCCAUGGCUUAAAUCCUUCCUCAACGAGGAAACUUUUAGAAAAUUGCUUGGAAAUGAUAAUUCUCCCGACUAUAUUAUCGAAAGAUGUGAAUUUGAAAAUUUGAGAGCUGUUCACUUUAAAGUGAUUGGAAUUUUGGGAAAGGGAGUUUCAAGUACUGCAAGAAUGGAUUCAUUCGCCAAAUCUUGGGGUGAGUUUUUGAGAGCUCGACAUGUGGACAUUCCAUUGGAAAUUUAUGAAAAUUGCAGUGUAGAUUUAUUGUAA